AUGACGGAUAAUGAAUCACAUUCUGUCAAAAACAGCUUACAAAAUAAACCAUUUCAAAGUGAUAAACUAAAUAACCAAGCCGAAACUGAACAAAACGAGUACAUUGCAAAGGUAGAGACUCAGCCCGUAGUGAGGAAAACCUCUUGGUUUAGAUGGGAGCGGUCUAGUCAUGGUACAUCUCUUUCUACUUCAAGUUCUAUUAAUGCUACUAAUAACCAUAAUGGUAAUCUGAUAGAAACAAACGCAGAUACUUUAAGAAAUAAUGCACCUUCACGAAAAGCGUCACAAAAUAGUACAUCUAUAGAAACACCGGAAUUCACUUCAGAUACUGUAACCAAACAUAGUACGGCAGAAAUCCAAGAUCCACAAAGACGAAGAACUUGGUCAUUCUGGCAUAAAAAUAGCAAAACGAAUGAUAUACAGGGCAACUCCGAAAUCGCAUCCACCAAUGAUGUGAAUCUUGCAGAUCAACGAUCAAUUGCAAACAGCAAUAGUACUGGUUCAGACCAAAAUUUGGAACCUCAGAACCCGAAUAGUUUAACUAAUAUUCUAAUACCACCGCAAGCUUACAAAAACUAUUUGGAACAACUUAAGAUAUGGAAGGAAAACAACCCAGACUCCUCAAAUACCAAUACUAAUAAUUCUCGUGAUAAUAAACAAAAAAGUAAACUUACAAAUACUUAUGACGCUACGAUUUUAUCAGAAAGGGCUGAUGAAUCAUUACCAUCGGCUAAUGAUCUCUCAAUAAAUUCAAAGGAGAUACCUUCGAAAUCUAAUCGUUCUGAUUUUGCAACCAGCGCAAAUAUUAAAGAAACAUCCAGAACUAGCCAUAAAGAUGUAUAUAGAGAGGGUGUCCAUUCUAAUAAGGAUGAUACAGAACCAUAUUUCCAACCUCCAAAUUUGGUUGUACCCGGUUUAGAAAUUCUACCAGUUGAUAAUACAUGGAGCUCAAUUACCAACUCUUUGAAUAAUAUAAGCGCAGAAUUAAAGUUGACAAACAGGACAGGCAUGCCAUCUACUUUAUCAAGGAAAGCUCCACUCCCAACAUUAUUUAAUAUUACAGAGGGACAACAGCGUCCAUUAAAUAUUCUAAUCGUUGGUGUACAUGGAUUUUUCCCUACAAAAAUUUUUAGAAAGGUAUUUGGUGAACCAACUGGAACAUCAACCAAGUUUAUUAAUGAAGCAGAAGCUGCUAUCACAAAAUAUUUCGAGAGUAAAGAUUUCCCGAUAAAAGUAAGCAAGAUUGCAUUAGAAAGAGAAGGUAAAAUAUUUGACAGGGUUGACUAUUUUUUCGAAGUUAUGAAAAGUUGGAUUGAUGAAAUCAAUAAAUCUGAUUACAUUUAUUUUGCAGCUCAUUCGCAAGGAUGUCCCGUAACUUUUAUGCUAUUGGGUAGGCUGAUAGAAACGGGAUUGUUAUCGUUAGAUGUCUUAAACUAUUAUGAAAAUGAAGAACAACCAUAUAAAAAGACAAAGAAAAUCAUUUCUAUUUUAGCAAUGAAUGGCAUUAAUAAUGGCCCAUUUUAUGGUGCAGAUCAAACUCUAUUAGUUCGAAGUUUACGUACAAUUGAACAAGAUUCAUUUAUGGAAUUAUUUCAAUUUCAGAAUUUUGAGUCAGAUAAUUCUAAAGAAUUGUUAAGGACACUUAAGAUUGUAUUUGAUAACGAUGUUAAGGUCACAUUUGUAGGAACUGUAAACGAUCAACUGGUACCGUUAUACUCAUCAAUGUGUUCGUUUAUCCAUCAUCCAAAUAUAUUCCGAGCCACAUUCAUUGACAAGAAGUCGAACACUCCUGACUUUAUUACAAGGGUAUUAAAAGAUGCAGGAAUUUUAAUUAAUUUGGGCUAUUCUGACCGUUCUAUGAUAAAAGAGAUCAGUAGCUCAUUAGAAGGCACACUAACUGGAGGUGGACACUCUUCAGCAUAUCAUGAAUGGCAGGUUUAUGAUUUGGCAAUUAAAUUUUCUUUGGAAACAGAUAAUUUAAAAGAACGCCAACCGCUAAUAUACUUACCUUACAAAUUAGAUAAAAUGGGUACAAACGUUUAUAGACUCCCUUGGUGUAUGCGAAGUUUCUUGUACGAAGUUGAAAAACAUUUAGGCCAGUCUGAACUAAUAAAACUACAACAAGAAUAUAAUGAAUGGCACCCAAUAACACAACAGGAACAGGAUAUUAAAUUUCGUUUGGCGGGGCUAAGAUCAUUAUUAUGA